CUUUUGAGGAAGACGGCCCUUUUUUGCAGGGAGAGAGAGAGGGGGGGAGAUUGAUGAUGGCCGCACUCUCUCACUACUCUUUAUCUUCUCUUCUUUUGAACUUGUAUUAUUCUUAAAAAACCUCCAAACAAUAAUUAGAAAGAAAACAAAAUUAUCGGCAAAGCCCUCUCAUCUCCGGUGACCUUUCUCUGUUAGCCUUUAGUUUUUUUUUAUUGUAUAUUAUUUAGGGAGAGAGAGAGAGAGAGAGAUCGAUUUAUAGAGAAUUAGUGUUUGGUGUAUUAUUAGGCAAAGAAGAAUUAAUGGAGUUUGAAGAUCAAGAAGAGCACGAGGAAGAGAUUGGGCUUCCACCAAGCUAUUAUGACUCACUCGGCAACUCUUCUUCACGCCCCAAAAUGUCGACCUCAGUUUCAACUGGGGUCGACCCGCCGCCCAGGAAGCCCAGGUACAGAGAGUGCCUCAAGAACCACGCCGUCGGACUCGGCGGCCACGCCGUCGACGGCUGCGGCGAGUUUCUCCCCGCCGGAGCUGACGGCUCCCUCGAUGCUCUCAAGUGCGCCGCCUGCAACUGCCACCGCAACUUCCACCGCAAGGAGUCCGAUUCCACCACCGUAGGCGGCGGCGGAGAGGUCCUCAACUUCCCUCACCACCACCACCCCCCACCACCCCACUUCCUUGCUCCUCCGCAUCAGCAGUUCUCUCCCUACUACAGAACCCCAUCCGGGUACCUCCACGUGGCGCCCCACCAGAGGCCUCUGGCUCUGCCGUCGACCUCAGGCGGCGGAGGCGGAGGAGGAGGCGGUGGUUCGCAAAGCCGUGAGGACGAAGAGGAUAUGUCGAACCCGAGCAACAUGAGCAUGGGAGGGAGUUCGAAGAAAAGGUUUAGAACAAAGUUCACGGGGGAGCAGAAGGACAAGAUGUUGGAUUUGGCGGAGAAGUUGGGGUGGAGGAUCCAGAAGCAAGAUGAGGCGGUGGUUACUUUCUCAGCUAAAACUGGUGUGAAGCGACAUGUGCUCAAGGUCUGGAUGCAUAACAACAAGCACACUCUCGUUCGGUGAAGCUUAUGGAUUGCAGACAUGGUUGAAUUGAAGCUCAAGAAACACUGAUAUGCUUAUCUUGAGAGUUUGACCUUUAAACUGUGUUUUUGUGUCGUCAUCUAAAAUAAUCCACCGAGUGUUUGCCCCAAAUGACCGACUUAUAGACUUUUGGUGAACUGCAUUUGCCCUUUUUUUGUAUGCUCAUCUCUCUCUCUCUCUCUCUCUCUCUCUCUCUCUCUCCAUAUGUGCGUCAUCGUCAUUUACUUCUUCCGACCUAUUUUCAGUUUUGAGUCCUUGAAUGAAGCUUGGACAAAUGUGCUUGCACGAGUUUGAGAGAGAGAGAGAGAGAGAUCAGUUGUAUCAAUGUUGCUGUGUUAUUCGCGUGUGUGGGGUUGGGUUCUCAGUUUCAUUCAUUUAUGUGUGUUCACAUCCGUUGUAUGCUUGCAGUUAUUUCCUAUUUUUCUUCUACAUCACUUUCUUAGCCCUGCACUAUUCACAGAAAUAGAGUGUCUCUAAUAAAUCUUCA